CUGGACUGGACUGGACGGAGUGGUGAAGCGUCUGAGACAUCAACAACCGAGAAAAAUGGACCUGCUGACCAAAGCGUCUGUGCUGCUGCUGCUGCUCCUGAGCAUCAGCAACGCUCAAACUGACGAAAAGGAGGAGGUAGAAAACAAGUCAUCAGAGGAGGAAACCGAUGAGUCUGAACUGGAGGACGUGUCCUCCACCAUCCUCAGAAUGAACAACAAAUCUCUGGAGGAACUGUUGGAAGGAGAUCUGGUUCUUCCCAAAACCAGGAAUGCCAUGAAGUGCCUUGGUAAUCCAGAUAGCUGCCACUGGCCAAAGUCUUCCAACGGGAUCGUGAAGGUUCCCUAUGAAGUUAGCAAUGACUACGAGGAGAGUGAGAAGGAAACCAUUAGGAACGCCAUGAAGGACUUUGCAGCAAAAACCUGCGUUCACUUUGUUCCACGCAACAACGAGAGGGCCUACCUGAGCCUUGAACCCAGGUUUGGCUGCAAGUCUAUGAUGGGCUAUGUUGGAGACAAACAGGUGGUGGCGCUGCAGCGGUUUGGCUGCAUAAAGCAUGGCGUCAUCCAGCAUGAGCUGCUGCAUGCUCUGGGUUUCUACCACGAACACACUCGGAGCGACCGCGACCAGCACAUAAAAAUCAACUGGGACAACAUCAUUGAAUAUUACACCCAUAACUUUGACAAGAUGGAUACCAACAAUCAGGGCACCCCAUAUGACUAUGGCUCCAUUAUGCACUAUGGAAGAACUGCCUUUGGAAAAGACAGAAAGGAGACCAUAACCCCCAUCCCUAACCCCAACGUUGCCAUUGGCCAAACUGUGGGGAUGUCGGACAUCGACAUACUUCGAGUCAACAAGCUUUACAAAUGCUCAACAUGAUAUGAGCUGAAAAUCCUAUUUGAUGAUUCCUUUGAUGAGAGGAUUAAGGUGAAUCAUUAAAAGUUCUUGCAGUUUC